UCGCCUCUUCCUCCUCCGUCAAUUCCAGUCCCCACCACCACUCUCUUUCUCUCUCCUACCGCAACCUCUCCCCUCACUUUCACGCCUCCGCUAAAUUCACCACCUCUUAAAUUUCGCAUUCGCAUUCGCAUUUGCAUUUGCAUUUGCAUUUGCAUUUCGCAUUUCGCAGCCUCUCGCCGCCGUUCCCGGUCUCCAUGCGGCGCUGAAUCCGGGAGCAGCCGGACCAGAUCUGCACCCGGCCGCGCCAGAUCCGAACCCUGCGCGAUGGAGGAAGCGCUCGAGCUCGCGCGCGCCAAGGACGCCAAGGAGAGGAUGGCCGGCGUCGAGCGCCUCCACGAGGUGCUGGAAGCUUCCAGAAGGAGCCUCGGCGCCGCCGAGGUCACUGCGCUCGUCGAUUGCUGCCUGGAUCUCUUGAAGGACAGCAGCUUCAAGGUCUCGCAGGGCGCGCUCCAGGCGCUCGACUCCGCCGCCGUUCGCGCCGGCGACCACUUCAAGCUCCACUUCAACGCGCUCGUUCCCGCCGUCGUCGAACGCCUAGGUGACGCCAAGCAGCCAGUCCGCGACGCCGCCAGGAGGCUUCUGCUCACUCUCAUGGAGGUUUCAUCACCUACAAUAAUUGUUGAAAGAGCAGGGUCGUAUGCUUGGACAUGCAAAAGCUGGAGAGUCAGAGAGGAAUUUGCACGAACUGUCACAUCUGCAAUUGGUCUAUUUUCAUCUACUGAACUUCCCCUUCAACGUGCUAUUCUUCCUCCUAUUUUGCAGUUGCUGAAUGAUCUGAAUCCUGCUGUUAGGGAAGCAGCUAUUUUGUGCAUUGAGGAGAUGUAUACACAAGCUGGAUCCCAAUUUCGUGAUGAACUUCAGCGCCACAAUCUUCCUUCAUCUUUGGUGAAAGCUAUUAAUGCCAGGCUAGAGGGAAUUCAACCAAAAGUUCACUCCUCAGAUGGUAUUUCUAGUGGUUAUAUUGCUGGGGAAAUUAAGCCUGUGGGUGUUAAUCCCAAAAAAAGUAGUCCAAAGGCUAAAAGUUCAUCAAGGGAAUCCUCCCUUUUUGGAGGAGAAGGUGAUGUCUCAGAGAAAGUCUUAGACCCCAUCAAGGUGUAUUCAGAGAAGGAGUUAAUCAGAGAAAUUGAUAAGAUUGCUUCUACCCUUGUACCAGAAAAGGACUGGUCAAUUCGUAUUGCUGCCAUGCAAAGAAUUGAAGCUCUUGUUUUGGGAGGUGCCGCUGAUUAUCCAUGUUUCUUUGGACUCCUGAAGCAGCUUGUUGCACCUUUAAGCACACAAUUGUCAGAUCGAAGGUCUAGCAUUGUGAAGCAGGCUUGCCAUCUAUUAUGUUUUUUGUCAAAGGACCUCUUGGGUGAUUUUGAAGCAUGUGCUGAAUUGCUCAUACCAGUCCUUUUGAAGCUGGUUGUGAUUACUGUGCUUGUAAUUGCGGAAUCUGCAGAUAACUGCAUAAAAACGAUGUUGCGCAACUGCAAAGUUGCUCGUGUGCUUCCUCGGAUAGCUGAUUGUGCCAAAAAUGAUCGUAGUGCAGUACUUCGUGCAAGGUGUUGUGAUUAUGCUCUUUUGAUACUAGAACAUUGGCCUGAUGCAGCAGAAUUACAGCGAUCAGCUGAUUUAUAUGAGGAUAUGAUAAGGUGUUGUGUUUCAGAUGCAAUGAGUGAGGUGCGGUCUACUGCAAGGAUGUGUUACAGAAUGUUUUCAAAGACUUGGCCAGAACGUUCCCGUCACCUGUUUUCAUCCUUUGACCCUGCUAUUCAAAGGUUAAUAAAUGAAGAGGAUGGAGGACUGCAUAGGCGACAUGCAUCACCUUCUGUUCGUGACAGAGGUGCAAUGAUGUCAAUAACUAGUCAAGCUUCAGCUCCCUCUAAUCUAACUGGUUAUGGAACUUCUGCUAUUGUUGCAAUGGACCGAAGUUCAAGUUUAUCAUCAGGGGCUUCUAUCACUUCUGGCGUUCUUCUUUCACAAGCCAAAUCACUUGGUACAGGUACUGAACGUAGUUUGGAAAGUGUGUUGCAUGCAAGCAAACAGAAGGUCACAGCUAUUGAAAGCAUGCUUAGGGGUUUGGAUUUGUCUGAUAGGCAUGGUUCAUCUACUCUCCGGUCAUCGAGUUUGGAUCUAGGAGUUGACCCUCCCUCAUCUCGUGAUCCACCAUUCCCUGCUGCUGUCACAGCAUCUAAUCAUCUGACUAGCGCUUUAAAGACAGAACCAACUGCUUCUGGUGCCAAUAAAGGUAGUAACCGAAAUGGUGGUUUGGGUUUGUCUGACAUAAUCACCCAAAUUCAAGCUUCCAAAGAUUCUGGCAGGUUAUCGUAUAAUACUAAUGUUGGUAUUGAGCCAUUAUCAGAAUUUUCAUCAUACUCAAGUAAAAGAGCUGCUGAAAAACUACAAGAAAGAAGUUCUGUUGAUGAAAACAGUGACAUCAGGGAGACUAGACGAUAUAUGAACCCCAACAUAGAUAGGCAGUUUAUGGAUACCCAUUAUAGAGAUGGCAACUUUAGGGAUUCACAGAAUAGUUAUGUGCCUAAUUUUCAGAGGCCACUAUUGAGAAAGAAUGUAGCUGCACGUGUGUCUGCUGGGUCCAGGAGGAGUUUUGAUGAUAACCAAUUAUCUCUUGGAGAGAUGUCAAAUUAUGCAGAUGGACCGGCAUCUCUCCAUGAAGCUCUGAGUGAAGGACUUAGCUCGGGUUCUGACUGGUCUGCUAGGGUUGCUGCCUUUAAUUAUCUCCACUCUUUGUUGCAGCAAGGGCAGAAGGGAGUUCAAGAAGUAGUCCAGAAUUUUGAGAAGGUAAUGAAGUUAUUUUUUCAGCACUUGGAUGAUCCCCAUCAUAAAGUUGCACAGGCCGCUCUCUCCACACUUGCAGAGAUUAUUCUGGCAUGCCGAAAGCCCUUUGAGGGUUACAUGGAACGAAUGUUGCCCCAUGUGUUUUCUCGGUUAAUCGACCCCAAGGAACUAGUUAGGAAAGCAUGCUCAAUGAAUUUGGAAGUUGUUAGCAAAACAUACAGCAUAGAUUCUCUCUUGCCUGCAUUGCUUCGAUCACUAGAUGAGCAAAGGUCACCAAAGGCAAAAUUGGCUGUUAUUGAGUUUGCAAUAAGUUCCUUUAACAAGCAUGCAAUGAAUACAGAAGGUGCUGCUAAUAUUGGCAUCCUAAAAUUAUGGCUUGCCAAGUUAGUCCCAUUGGUUCACGAUAAAAAUACAAAACUUAAAGAAGCAGCCAUUACAUGCAUUAUAUCAGUGUACUCCCACUUUGAUUCAUCUGCAGUUUUGAAUUUUAUUCUUAGUUUGUCAGUUGAUGAACAAAAUUCUCUGAGACGAGCCCUUAAACAGCGCACCCCUCGCAUUGAAGUAGACUUAAUGAAUUAUCUGCAGAAUAAGAAAGAGAGACGUUCUAAGUCUUCCUAUGAUCCAUCUGAUGUUGUGGGAGCAUCCUCUGAAGAGGGAUAUGCUGGUUUGUCCAGGAAAGCUCAUUACAUCGGAAGGUAUUCUGCUGGUUCACUGGAUAGUGAUGGUGGCAGGAAGUGGAGUUCCCAAGAUUCCACCCUGAUUAAAGCCAGUCUUGGCCAAGCAGCUUCUGAUGAAACUGACGAACAUACUGAUUCUAAUAAUGGUAGUGUUGGUUUAAAAACUAAAGAUCUUGCAUACUCGGUCAAUUCAAUGGGUCAAAACUUUGGCUUUCAAAUUAGCCAAGGAGGACAUGUGGACAGCAGCAUGAAUUUUGAAGGUCUAUCAUCUGACCUGGAUAUUAAUGGUCUGAUGUCAUCAGAACAUUUAAAUAUUGCUGAGGACUUUAGACAUGACAAAGAAGUUCCUUCUGAAUUGAACCAUAAUCAUCAGUCAACAGAAGAUGUGAAGAUAAACUACAUGACAGACACUGGACCCAGCAUUCCUCAGAUUCUUCAUAUGAUAUGCAGUGGGGGUGAUGGAAGCCCUAUUUCAAGCAAGCGGACUGCACUUCAACAGCUAGUUGAAGUGUCUAAAGCUAAUGAUCAUUCUGUUUGGAUCCUGUACUUCAACCAGAUUUUGACAGUUGUGCUUGAGGUGCUGGAUGAUUCAGAUUCCUCAAUCAGAGAGCUUGCCCUUUCUUUGAUAGUUGAAAUGCUUAAAAACCAGAAAGAUGCCAUGGAAAAUUCAGUUGAGAUUGUAGUUGAAAAGCUGCUUAAUGUUACGAAGGAUAUUGUUCCAAAGGUCUCUAACGAAGCAGAGCACUGCCUCACCAUUGUUUUAUCUCAGAAUGAUCCAUUCAGAUGUUUAAGUGUUAUUGUCCCUCUACUGGUUACUGAGGAUGAGAAAACUCUUGUCACUUGCAUAAAUUGCUUGACAAAGCUUGUGGGGCUUCUCUCUCAGGAGGAACUGAUGGCUCAGUUACCCUCUUUUCUGCCUGCUUUGUUUGAAGCUUUUGGAAACCAGAGUGCUGAUGUUCGCAAGACCGUUGUUUUCUGUCUUGUGGAUAUUUAUAUCAUGCUUGGGAAAGCAUUUUUGCCAUAUUUACAAGGGCUUAACAGCACACAGUUGAAGUUGGUCACCAUUUAUGCGAAUCGAAUCUCACAGGCAAGGACAGGAAAAUCAAUUGAUUCCACUCACGAUUAGCAGUUCAUUCAAAUGGAAAUUCGUUGGUUUUGACUGUUUUCUUAUUCUUUGUUUUGUGUAUUUUGUAUAUUGCUUGCAUGAAAUUUUUUAGGUGGGUUUUCGUUGUGUUUCUUUCCUCGCCUUUGUCCUAUAUUUUUUGUCAUCCUUUUCCCUGCCAAUGAAUGUUAGAUUUGGUGAGUGCUGGUGGUGGAAUACAGUGCGAUUGUAAUUUACAUUGAGGAAACAUUAUUUGAUUAUAUUAAAUGGUUUUUGAGGUCUCAC